GUCCCUGCCUUGGUCGUCCGCCUUCUGCAUUCAGGCUCAUCCCGCACCGCACUGCUUUCUAUCAGUCCAGCACAUCGAAAUCGCCAUAUCCCACCUGCCUCUUUGCAUCCUACCCAUGUCCCCGUGAGCCAGCGUCCAUUCGAUCUACCUUACCUACAACUAUCCCGCAUCCCCCUUAUUUGUCGACGAAUCUCUCGCAAACUGCUUUCUCUGUACCUCUCGACGUCCCUGGCCCCCCAGGUACGACCCUCAUCGACUCGCCCGGUCUAGCCCUCGACUCCAACAAAGGACCGCCUCAGCAGUUCUCAGCUCCCCCAACACCAGACCACUCCAGACCACACACAAAACCUUGAAGUCUCCCAGCCUUCCUCUCGACCUUUCAGCCGAACCCUCGCCAUACCUUCCCUUCGUUGCGGGAAACGAAUCGACACGACGACCAUACCGCCUGGCCUGGCCGACGAGCACAGCCUCCGUGUUGGAUUACACGCGUUCCAGUCCGUCGCUCUAGACUACAAGAACGCAGCUCCAUCCUCACUGCCCGCUUACGACCUCUCCCGCCCAUCGCAGACGAUAAAAACCACCCAAUAUGGCGCCUGGGUCCUCAGAUCACCAGUCCUACUACCGCAGUAGCGGCCACACCGCCGCCGCAACACGACCUUUCGGCGCCGACCCCGACACGUGGAUCCAAGUCACCGAGAUUGAUGACGACGACCUGCAGUUUGGCGGCAAGUCUUUGAGCGAGUGGUACGAGGAGGAGCGUCGCCGUCAGAGCCACGGUUGCUCGUCUGACGAAGAGGAACGUGGUCGACAGAGGGUAAGUUGCCAGUCACGCUCUAUGCGCCUCGACGUGUAG